ACAAGGUCGAUCAGGACGAUAAAGUAGAGCUAUCAUCAAGAUGGGGCAAGGCGACAAGGUAUCCGUGGCGGAAAUAACAAAACAUUCUUCAGCAGAGGAUUGCUGGGUCGUGGUUAAUGGCAAAGUAUAUGACUUGUCAAAGUUCGCUCCCGAACACCCUGGCGGUCCAGAAAUGAUUUGGAAAUAUGCAGGCAAAGACGGCACAGAAACCUACAACCAAUACCACAGCGCCAAACUCAUCGAAUCCGAGCUUCCAGAUUCCGCCAAACUUGGCGAUCUAGAUGAAAGCACUAUCACAGAAAGCUGGACGGAAGCCCAAAAGGAAGAAACGACAUCUAAACCUUUAGAUCCCAACGAACGACCUCCCCUCUCAACUCUCAUCAACCUCGAUGACUUCGAACGUGCAUUCGAGAAAGCUGGAUCCAAGAAAGCUUGGGCUUACAUCUGGGGCGCUUCAAACGACCUACUCAGUCUCAACGCCAACAAAUCCUGGUGGGGGAAACUCUGGUUCAGACCUCGUGUGAUGCGAAAUGUACGAGAUAUCAACACGAAAAUGACCAUGCUGGGCUGCGAAGUCAACAUGCCAGUUUGGAUCUGUCCAAUGGGUAUCGCAAAGACAGCAGGACCCGAAGGUGAAGCCGCUUUAGGAGCUGGAGCCGCAGCGAGCGGGAUCAUCCAUUGUAUGAGCACGACGGCGAGUAUGAGUAUCGAAGAUAUUCUAGCGAGUGUCCCGAGCGAUUAUCCGUAUUUCUUCCAAGUGUACGUUGAUCGACAACGACAUAAGACAGAAGCGACGUUGAAGAAGGUGGAUAAGCUGGAUCAGAUUAAGGCGAUUUUCGUUACGGUGGAUUUGGCGGUUGUGAGUAAGAGAGAAGCGGAUGAGAGGCUGUUGGUUUCGGAGACUACGUCAGUCUAUGCCAAUGGAGCGAAGUCUGGGACUGAUAAGAAGGGUGGUGGAUUGGCGAGGACGACGGGAAGUUUUAUCGAUUGGGCGUUGUGUUGGGAGGAUAUUCCGUGGAUGCGGAAGUUUACUUCGAAGCCGAUUGUCGUGAAGGGAAUUCAGUCUGCGGCUGAUGCGAAGAAGGCGUUGGAGAUGGGGUGUGCGGGGAUUGUGGUGUCGAAUCAUGGUGGGAGAGCGUUGGAUAAUUCGCCAGGGACGAUUCUUAUUUUGCUGGAGCUGAAGAGAGAUUGCCCGGAAGUCUUCGACAAGAUGGAGGUGUUCAUCGAUGGAGGCGUGCGAAGAGGAAGCGAUGUGGUCAAGGCUAUUUGCAUUGGUGCGAGAGGCGUCGGUGUCGGCAGGCCAUUCCAGUGCGCUGUGUUGUACGAUAAGGAAGGUGUCGAGCAUGCUGCUUCCGUCUUGCAAGACGAAGUGGAAACUGCGAUGCGACUUUGUGGCAUCACAGAUCUCAACGAGGUACGGGGCGACUUGUCAUAUCUGAAUACUCGCGAGCUCGAGCAGCUCUUACCUCCUCGACCACUUACCAAGUCUUGGUUCUCGUGGGGAAGCACAAGGCAAUCAAAGUUGUAG